AAACAGUUCUUUCCAAAAAAGAAAAAAUGAAGCUGAGGAAAGAAAGAUGGCUACAGAAAAUAGAAAGUGUGAAGCUAGCCAAGCAGAAGCAAAAAGCUGAAGCAAAGCGGAAAGCCACACCUGUGGUGGGAGACAUGCAGCCAUUGAUGGAAGCCCUACCUGAGCUCUCCGACCUGACCACGGGUGGCAGGAGCAGGAAGCUACCGAAGAGCCAUGUGGAAGCAAAGGCAGAACCAGCAGACUUCUGUCUGAUGAAACAAGCUCAGAAAUGCCGGCUCUUAGAGGAGGAAGUGGCUCGGUUUCAUGAGGUCAUCACCAAUCCCAGUUACAGAGCCAACCCCCUCAUGACCAUCAGCGAGCACCUCUCCAAGAGGCUGAGGCAGGAGGAAGAAGGUAAACCCCUCUAGGGUGUCAGAUGGGGCCAGACCUGCACACUGGAGCUGCAAAGGAGCACAUCCCCAACGUGACCUCUCAGCCGCUUCAGUCCUUGGAAGCAGUUCAGCAGAUUAUUAAAUCCAACAGUCCUGUUUUUUGUCUGCAGAAAUAAUGCAGUUCUCUCCUGACAGUGGCAGCUGCUCCUUGGCAAGCAAGCUGCAGAGCAGGGUGUUCUGUGAGAUCUUUGUGCAGACAUUAAGCUUCCUGUGAAGUGUCCGGACACCUUUUCUCUUCUUGAGAGAAGGCACAAUUUCAUAAAUUGUGCCAGUGGCAACGUAUCUGUUUUGUCUUGUUUCCCUCCCCUUUCUGUCAACUCUGAAAAGAUAUUCCCUAUGGCUCUGUUGAGAUGGUUCAAGGCCCCAAGACCAGGAACCCAGAAGGCUGUGUGUAAGGACUGAUGCUGCUGUUCACUGUUUUAUGUGAGAAAUUUAGCUUUGGAAUAAACACAUUUUCACACAGUA